AUGGCCUGGGGCGAGGAUCCCCAGUCUCACAGCAGCCUUCUCGAACUCAGCAGCGCCAAGUCCAGCGACGAGAUCCGUGACGACCAGAUCGGACCUCCAGAGUCGGCGUGGUACUGGUGGGCCGCCGAGCUGGACUCCGAUGACGAGCUCGGCAUCCUUGUGGAGCUCAGCGGACCGGACCUCAACGAAGAUGAGGUCAACGAGACGCUGGCUCAGAUGGGAAAGGGCCACCAGAAUACCUGGAAGGAGAACAGAGGCUUGAAUAAUGACGAGAAUCUCACCGGCAGCUCCUGGAUCACACUACUCGGCGAAGAUGCUCUGAGGGAGCUCCGCGGGCAGUGUUUCGAGAGGAACGACGAGGGCAUCUCCAACCAGAAGAUCCUUUCCAUCAUCGCACUCGAGGGCGGCUGA